CGACCCUCUCGCCUUUUCUUCUGUUCUCACGCGGAAGAGAAGGCGAAGAGGCGACCUGUCUCGCUCCUUUCAAUCUUUCGGCCCCCCCUCCGCCUACCGCCCCGUCAAGAUCUACAGGGGACGAUGGGGCUCACGUUUGGGAAGCUUUUUAGCCGCUUGUUUGCGAAGAAGGAGAUGAGGAUUCUGAUGGUCGGGCUUGAUGCUGCCGGUAAGACCACCAUCCUUUACAAGCUCAAGCUCGGAGAGAUCGUCACCACCAUUCCCACCAUCGGAUUCAAUGUGGAGACUGUCGAGUACAAAAACAUUAGCUUCACCGUAUGGGAUGUUGGUGGUCAGGAUAAGAUCAGACCACUAUGGAGGCAUUACUUCCAGAACACGCAAGGCCUUAUUUUUGUUGUUGACAGCAAUGACCGAGAUCGUAUUGUUGAGGCCAGGGAUGAACUCCACAGGAUGCUGAAUGAGGAUGAGUUAAGGGAUGCUGUCUUGCUUGUGUUUGCGAACAAACAAGACCUUCCAAAUGCAAUGAAUGCUGCUGAAAUCACUGAUAAGCUUGGUCUGCAUUCCUUGCGCCAGCGACACUGGUAUAUCCAGAGCACUUGUGCUACAUCUGGUGAGGGCUUGUACGAGGGACUUGAUUGGCUCUCCAGUAACAUAGCCAGCAAGUGACCAAAGUUGCUCAACGGCCCUCAACAGCAGACAAAAUUUGGCAUUUCAGUGUUGGAUGCUUUGGUGAAUCGUUACCAAGACAACAAAAUUUGAAGGUUCCACUGGUUACCAAAACUUUAAAGAUAUCGGCUGCCUCAGACCUUUUAUACUUUUAUCUAUCUACUCCUUUUUCUGGAUAUAUCUAGGAUGAUGAUACUCUUGUCAUAUAUUUCUCACACCACUGGGUGCCCAUUAUGUCAUCUGAUAUUUCUUACUUAAAACUGGAUGUGCAUGAAAGUGACAUUUUGAGUAAUUUGACCAGCUCUUUUGAUA